UUCUCACCAUUCCGUACUUUCACAUUCUGACGCAAGAUGCAGCUCCUAGUGGCAGUGUUGCUUUCCGUCAGCUUUUCCAGCAUUGUGUUUGCCGAUGUAGUUACUGUACAUCAGUGUAAGCAAGGACCGCUACCAGUAUCGGUCGAUGUGACCGGAUGUCGGACAGCACCGUGUGAACUACCCAAGGGACAGGAUGCGGCCGUUCUCGUCGACUUUACGGCCGAUCGACACCUGACGGCCCUGGUGCCGAAAGUGCACGCUAGCUUUGGUGGAGUGACGGUACCGUUCGAGCUGCCAGACGAUCGGAAAGAUGGCUGCCAGUGGCUUGUAGGGGGCAUGUGCCCAGUGUCACGGGACGAAGAUGUUACGUACGAGCUACGUCUACCAGUGCUAGCUGUGUAUCCUUCGAUGAGUCUCACCGUGGAGCUGCAACUGGUUGAUCAAGAUAAUACAGUUGCUACCUGUUUCCAGCUGGAAGCGAAAGUAGUCUAAGCCGCAGAACACGUUCUUACACUUUUCAUUGGAGUGGAAUCAAGAUAAUCGAAAAGAAAACAUUUGAAUAUCA